AUCUGCCCUGAGCUGCUCCCUGCCAUCCAUUCUGCUGUUUCUGACUCUCCCCACUCAUCCAGGAGACUCCUCACAUCAGCAACAUGGCUCCCAAGCUAGUCGAGCCCAAGAAGCCAGAACCCAAGAAGGCUGAACCCAAGAAAGAAGCCGCUCCGGCUCCAACGACCCCCAAACCGGCUCCUCCGCCAGAGCCCGAAGUUCCCAUUGAACCCCCAUUCGAUCCCAAGUCCAUCACGCUGGAGUACAGCGCGGACCAGAUCGAAGAGUUCAAAGAGGCAUUUCAGCUGUUCGACCGCACGCCGAAAGGAGAAAUGAAGAUUACGUACGCCCAGUGCGGGGACGUGCUUCGAGCUUUGGGCCAGAACCCGACCAACGCAGAUGUGCUGAAGGUCCUGGGAAAACCCAGACCGGAGGAGAUGAACGCCAAGCUGGUGGACUUUGAGACCUUCUUGCCGAUGCUGCAGCAUAUCUCCCGCUCGAAGGAGCAGGGCAACUUUGAGGAUUUUGUGGAAGGACUGAGAGUUUUUGACAAGGAGGGCAAUGGGACCAUCAUGGGGGCCGAGCUCCGGCACGUUCUGGCCACGCUGGGAGAGCGGAUGACCGAGGACGAGGUGGAUCGACUGAUGGCCGGACAAGAGGACGCCAACGGCUGCAUCAAUUAUUCUUCAUUUGUCAAACACAUCCUGUCAGGUUGAACUGGAUUGGACUGAAUGGGU